AUGUUGGAGGCAAACCCACCCUUUCCUUUUUUGAACGGAGUCCUGGUCGCCAUGAAGCUUUCCCUCGCCGCACUUGCCCUGUUCCCCGCCGUCGUCGCGGCCCAAGACACUCGCAUUCUCGAUUGUAACUUUAUCAAGUACUUUGGAUCGGGACAUGAUUUGUCCGCCGAUGGAGUCGUUGACUUCAACGUCGCUGCAGGUGCCGAGGUCACGUGCUGGGUCGACUGCUUCUCGGGUGGAGUUCCACAAACCGAUGUGGCCUACAAUUUUGGAGCCAAGCCCACCGGAACGGAUGACUCAGCAACCGACUUCUUUACCGAGUGCAAGGACAUCAAGACUACUUUCACUGCGGAAACAGACCAGACUCAAUUGGGAUGGUCGAUUCGGGCUCCACUCAACUACGACAAAAUUAUCAUGGCUUGCUACUGCACGGAUGACGGAACCGACUUCACGAUUAACAACAUUGAGGCCACCGUCGAUAACAUAAAGGAAAGCAUCCAGAACUACAUCAGCAACGUCCAAGACAACGUUGAGAGCUAUGAGGGGCAAGGAUGCUUCUCGGAGUCUGCCGUUGUUCAAGUUCUUGACCAAGGAGAAGUUGCUAUGAGGGAUCUCAAGCUCGGAGACAAGGUCUUGACCGAGAAAAACACCUACCAACCUGUAUACAGCUUUGGACACCGCAAGCCUGACACCCAGAUGGAAUACUUGCAGAUUUAUGCAGAAGGAAUGCCUGCUCCUCUUGAGAUGACGGGAAAUCACAUGAUCAUGGUCAAGGACGGCAAGCACACACAGGCCAUUCGUGCCGAUCGCCUCCAAGUUGGUGACCGUCUCGUUCAAGUGGAAGCUCAGAAUGAAGUAGCUGUCACAGAAAUCAAAACUGCCAAGAAACAGGGCUUGUACAUGCCCCUCACACCCAAUGGAAAGAUUGUUGUAAACAACGUGUUGGCGUCCAACUACAUUUCAAUCUCGGAUGAAGCUCCUGCUGUUGUGGAACACACCAACUGGUUCUUUACCUUCCUCAGCAUGCCUGAACAGAAGCUGUCUCACUGGUGGAUGGCCCCCCAUCGCAUGCUCUGCAUGGGCGUGUCCUCUAGCUUUUGCAGCGAUGGAGACGACAAGCGCACUGCCAGUCAAAUGGAUGAAAAAGACCAAGGCAUCCUUCCCUGGCUCCUUACUGGACGCAAGUUGGCUGACGUUGCCGAAUUGCAACCGAGGAUUGUGCAGAUGACUCUCUUUGGCUUGCCUGCCUUCAUCAUUUUUGGAUUGCUCAAUCUCGUGGAAACUGUCCUUCUUGGACCUUCGUAUGCUCCUUUCCUGUUUUUGGUCACCGUAGCUUUGAUUAUGAAGAAUUGGGUUACCGGUAGCAACCAGGACAAAGAUGAGGAGGAAAGCGAAGGCCUUCAAGGAAAGUUGUUGUCUGUCUAA